AUGGCUGCUUCGAAAGUGUUGUAUGAAGUCACGCAGCAACACUGGCGCGUUAGUCGACGCACACGACCCACGCUGCUUCCCCUCUUACGUACACCAGCCCGGUUCAUUCCCCUUUCUCAUAAACAGGUCUUGUGUCUUGUCUUGUCGUCAAAGCUCCAUUUCGUUCCUCAACAACCGGUCACCCCCUCAAAAAAACUCGUUACGAAACCCUUGGCUAAACUUGAUGUCCACCAGCCCGUCCCGUCAUGGUCUACCGCACACACGUUGUGCCCUCGCGUGGUCUCAGCCUUGGGGCGCACUUCCGGCAGCUCGACAUUGCGAAACAUCUCGCCCCCAACCUUGCGGAGGAUAAAAUCCGGUACACAAAACGUCGCCUCCACGACGUCGCACAAGCUCACAAGGGACGAACUCAUCGUUUUUCACGACCUCCGCGGAAAAGCCCAUGCUGUUCGUGCCGCUCGGUAA